CCCUCAUGUGCUUACAUCGGAAAUGGCCUCCUGGUGGUCUUUGGGACUUCACAAUCUGGGCACAACAUUUGGGGGCUUGUCCGGGAUCCCAAGACCCUCAGGAUCUCUGUACCGGAGGGUCAACGCCGGCUGCCCACUUGGGAUGACUGUCAACAGCUUCUGCAGGUCCUGUUCACCACUGAAGAACGAGAGAGGAUUCAAAAUGAGGCCAGGAAAUUGGUUCCUGGUGACAAUGGUCAACCCACCACCAAUGCUGACACUAUCAACACUUCUUUUCCUCUGUCCCGACCCAACUGGGACUUCAACACGGCGGAAGGUAAGGAGAGGCUUCGGGUCUAUCGCCAGGCUCUGCUGGGAGGCCUCAAAGCAGCGGCAAGGAAGCCCACCAAUUUGGCUAAGGUAGGGGAUGUACAACAAAAGUUAGAUGAAAGCCCUGCUGCUUUCUUAGAAAGAAUUCAAGAAGCCUUCCGUAGGUGUACUCCUAUGGACCCAGAAGCAAUUGAGACAAAGGCAGCUGUGAUAAUACAUUUUGUCAACCAGGCGGCACCAGACAUUAAGAAAAAGUUACAAAAAGUAGAUAGGUUAGGAGAAAAGAGUAUUCAGGACUUAGUGGCAGUGGCAGAGAAAGUGUAUAACAAUAGAGAAACCGCAGAGGAGAAACGAGAAAAAGCUGAUGACCGCCAGACCCAAAACUUAGCUCGGAUCCUUCUGGCCGCCACUGCGGGAGAACAAAAGGAACGUGAACGCAGACUGAGAAAGAUUGCGGUGGAAGGAGAAGGCAAAGAGAGAUGCAGAGAGCGUCCCCAGUUAGGAAAAAAUCAAUGUGCUCAUUGCAAAGAAUACGGCCACUGGGCCAAGGACUGUCCUAAAAGGAAACAACAGGAAGGUCACCCCAAGGCCCCUAACCUGGCUGUGGAUGAACUAAAUGAUUAG